AUGAUCAACAUUUUGGCCUUGAGUCUUGUAGCGACUUCAUUGACAGCUGCUGGAAUAUGGUCGCCUUCCCCACAAAGGCAAGAUGUUAGACGGAAAGAAGGGCAUACAGUUGUAGUCGUUGAAUAUGAUAAAGGUGGCCAACGUGGCACCAAAGUCUCUAUCUCGUCACCUCCGCCGCCGCCACGGCAUCAACCGAAACCGGUGGAAUAUUUUAGCAAGGAGGCUCUCAAAGAAGCUGCCUCUGUGCUUCCCAACCUUGGCCAAGGCACUUCACCGGUAGGAAAAGCCGGCUUUGGUGGUCACAUACCCGGGGAACUUAUCUGUGAUGCUUUUGGAAAAUGUACUCAAACAUUCGCCUCUGUCUUCGACCUUGCCAAAGGCAAGGUUUCAGUGACCAUAAAUGAAGCUAAAGAUAAGGUGAAAGAAACAGCAGGCAAAUCAAAAGAGGCAUUAGCACAUAAGGGCCAAGCUCUUAAAGAAAGGGCAAAGGACACCAUGGGAACGGCGAAAGACACGGCUGAGACUUGA